UUCUAUUGAGUGACCUUUCUAGAGGGAUAGAAAGAGAAUCCGGAUUCACACAGGAAGCAAAUCGGAUGAUAACUUCAGCUAGUGGACAUUCGAUUCACAGUUUAUCAUCUUGUAGAUCUUGAAAGGCUUAAGCAGAUUCAGUAGCUCAGAUUUUACAUUCAAGAUCGUAGAUCGAAAACUCAACUUCCGUGGACUUCUUAAUGCCAUUGGUGCAAUAUGGCAAUAAAAGGAAAUUCAGGUGAUGGUAAGACAAGGAUAUCAGUAUCCAUCAUUAUUGUAGUUGGUUUGUGCUGUUUCUUCUACAUAUUGGGAGCCUGGAAAAGAAGUGGUUUUGGAAGAGGAGACAGCAUUGCUCUACAGAUGACCAAGAGUGGAGCAGAGUGUGAAAUCCUAUCAAAUUUAAAUUUUGAUACCCAUCAUGGUAGUGAAGCUGGCCUUGACGGGACAAAUUUAAAGCCCCAAGUUUUCAAGCAAUGCGAUGCUCGUUUCACUGAUUAUACACCGUGCCAAGAUCAAAUGCGUGCAAUGACAUUUCCAAGGGAUAAUAUGAACUACAGAGAGAGACAUUGUCCUCUUGAGAAUCAAAAAUUACAUUGCCUAAUUCCUGCGCCAAAGGGAUAUGCAACUCCCUUUCCAUGGCCAAAGAGUCGAGACUAUGUUCCUUUUGCUAAUGCACCUUAUAAGAGCUUAACGGUGGAGAAGGCUAUCCAGAAUUGGAUUCAGUAUGAGGGGAAUGUUUUCAGGUUUCCAGGUGGAGGAACGCAAUUUCCUCAAGGUGCAGAUGCAUAUAUUGAUCAGCUUGCAUCUGUAAUACCAAUUGCAAAUGGUACUGUUAGAACUGCUCUGGACACUGGAUGUGGGGUAGCAAGUUGGGGUGCUUACCUUUGGAAGAGAAAUGUUAUAGCCAUGUCAUUUGCACCAAGAGAUUCACACGAAGCACAAGUUCAGUUUGCACUUGAAAGGGGAGUACCAGCCGUUAUUGGCGUUCUUGGAACAAUAAAAAUGCCUUAUCCAUCUGCUGCCUUUGACAUGGCCCAUUGUUCCCGUUGCUUAAUUCCUUGGGGAGCAAAUGGUGGGAUGUACAUGAUGGAAGUGGAUAGAGUUCUUAGACCUGGUGGAUAUUGGGUCCUUUCUGGUCCACCAAUUCACUGGAAGACCAACUAUAAAUCAUGGCAACGACCCAAGGAAGAACUUCAGGAGGAACAAAGGAACAUUGAGGAGAUUGCUAAAAGUCUCUGCUGGCAUAAGAUAUCUGAAAAGGGUGAAACGGCUAUAUGGCAGAAAAAUGUAGAUUCUGAAUCAUGUCGACGCCAAAGAGAUGAUUCUCAAGUUACAUUCUGUGAAACCUCUGAUGCAGAUGAUGUCUGGUACAAGAAAAUGGAAGGAUGUGUUACCCGGUUUUCCAUCUCUGUGGAAAACCUUAAACCAUUUCCAGAUCGACUUUAUUCGGUUCCUUCUAGGAUUUCCAGUGGAUCUUUGUCUGGAGUCUCUGUUGAGACAUAUGAAGAGGAUAACAAGACUUGGAAGAAACAUGUAAAUGCUUAUAAAAGAGUUAUCAAAAUUAUUGAUUCUGGAAGAUUUCGUAACAUUAUGGAUAUGAAUGCUGGAUUGGGAGGUUUUGCUGCAGCUCUUGAUUCUCCCAAAUUGUGGGUAAUGAAUGUUGUCCCCACCAUAGCUAAGAAGAACACACUCGGCGCUAUUUAUGAACGUGGAUUGAUUGGUAUCUAUCAUGACUGGUGUGAAGCUUUCUCCACAUAUCCAAGGACAUAUGAUCUAAUUCAUGCCAAUGGUCUCUUCAGUUUAUACCAACAAAAAUGUACUUUUGAAGAUAUUCUUUUGGAGAUGGAUCGAAUUUUGCGACCCGAGGGUACAAUCAUAGUUAGGGACAAAGUGGAGGUUAUAGUUAAGGUGAAACAGAUUAUAGGAGGAAUGAGAUGGGAUGCUAAAUUGAUGGACCAUGAAGAUGGGCCACUUGUUCCUGAGAAGAUACUAAUUGCUGUGAAGAAGUAUUGGGUUGUUGGCGACUACAAUUCCACAUCGUCUUCGCGAUAAAAACCAUGCGAUUAUAUGUUCCCCAAGUUUUUGUUUUUAUCAUGUAAAAUGAGGUUUUAUAUAUUUGAAUUCUUAUUAUUAACCACUUUUAUUGAAUUUUGUAUCUUCACUCUUUUUGCUGCAAUCCAAAAGUUAUUUCACCCUUGUUUGGUA